AUGGCGCUGCGCAGCUGCCUGCAAGCCGGCUGGGGGCUGUUGCGCGCCGCUGGACCGCGGUGGCCGCCUGCCCGCGGGAUCUGCGCCGGGGGCCGGCCGCCGGCCUUCGGGUUCCUCUUCGACGUGGACGGGGUGCUUGUGAGGGGCAGCCAGGCGGUGCCCGCCGCCCGCCAGGCCUUCCGGAGGCUGGCGGACAGCAGCGGGCGGCUUCGGGUGCCGGUCGUCUUCCUGACCAACGCCGGCAACUGCCUGAGGUCGGCCAAGGCCCGAGAGCUCUCGCAGGCGCUAGAGCUGCAGGUGUCUCCGGAGCAGGUGAUCCUGUCCCACAGCCCCCUGCGGCUCUUCAGCCAGUUCCAUCAGAAGUGCAUGCUGGUAGCCGGGCAGGGGCCCGUGGAGGAGAAUGCUAAGGACCUGGGGUUCAAGCAUGUGGUCACCAUGGAGGCACUGAGAAAGGCAUUUCCACUGUUAGAUAUGGUGGACCAGAGCCGGAGGCCAAAGGCGUUGCCUCCUCCAACCACUGGCUUCCCCACUAUAGAAGGGGUGGUUCUCUUUGGUGAGCCAGUGAGGUGGGAAACAAGCCUGCAACUUAUUAUUGAUGUACUCUUGAGCAAUGGGAACCCUGGGGCAGAGCUGCAAGACAUACCAUACCCCCAUCUGCCUAUCCUUGCCUGCAACAUGGACCUCCUGUGGAUGGCUGAAGCAAAGAUGCCCAGGUUUGGCCAUGGCACUUUCCUGCUGUGCUUGGAGAGCAUCUACAAGAAAGUGACAGGCCGGGAGCUGAAGUAUGAGGCCUUGAUUGGCAAACCCAGCACGGUCACCUACCGCUAUGCUGAGUACUUGAUAAAAGAGCAAGCCCAGAAACAGGGCUGGAUGGUCCCCAUCCGCCGCCUCUAUGCCAUUGGGGAUAACCCCAUGUCUGAUGUCUAUGGGGCAAACCUCUACAACAACUACCUCAAGUCAGCUCAGCGGAGCCAGGCGCAGGCUGGGGUGAAGAGGAGCCCGGAGGCAGCCAGUCCCCAGAGCCAGCUGAGGGAGAGCUGUGAGGGCUCAGUGGAGAGCUGUGAGUCCAUCCUGGUCUGCACUGGGGUCUACCGCCCCGAGGCUGCUGCUCCCAGGCCGACACAGGAGGGCACGACAGAGGCUGUGUUCCACGGCCAUCGGGACUUCUGCUUCGACCCCGGCCUGGUGGAGGCUUCCUACAUAGUGCAGGAUGUGAAUGAUGCUGUGCAGCUUGCUUUCAAGAAGGAGGACUGGAGCUAGGGUUAAGA